AUGGUCACAAUGCGUGAUGAUCGCACACACCCCCUCCUAGCGCAAAUCCCCCUAACCGUCUCGCCCUUCGUCUCCCUCCCCACGGCCGCCACGCUCCCCUACACCUACAAGUCCAUGCCGUCGACGCUACCCCCGCCCGCAAGCGGCGUAACCGGCAACACCAAAGUCAAGUACGUAGUCGCGCAGUCCGGGCACGCUGCACACCCAGACGACAUCAUCGCGUCGUGCAAGGCGCUGCAGGCGCACCUGACGCGCAUGCAAGAAGACUCGGAGCGCGUGCUGCGGGACCUGCAAGACCACAUCCGUGAGCGCGAGCUCGCCGAGAAGCGCCGCGUCGCCCCGGGCUGGCUCGACAGCGACGCGCGUCUGCUGCAGCCCGAGCGCAGUAAUUACCCUGCCGAGGCUGAGGUUGCGGGCCAGUUUGCUGAGAUGAGCGUUGCGGAUGGGGAAGGGGGAGGUACGGCGGGAAUUAGCGAGAUGGCGGUUGAUCAGGGCGAGGAGCUGGAUCGCGCGUUUGGCGGCUUGAGGUGA